GCUCAGCUCGUCACGCGCCACCAGGAAAUGAAGGCGCUCGGAGGGAGAUGAGGAGUGUGUCGCUGCUGCAGAGCGCAGACAGACGGACCGACCGACAGACACUGGGAGGAGAAACCAGCCGCCACAGCUUCUCGGCAGUGCCAGGUUUGAACAUCAGCGGGUGAAGAUGAGCGACGCCAACCAGCCCAGACUUGAACUUUUUGUGAAGGCCGGCAGCGAUGGUCAGAGCAUCGGGAACUGUCCGUUCUCCCAGCGUCUCUUCAUGGUGCUCUGGCUGAAGGGAGUCACCUUCGACGUGACCACAGUCGACAUGAAGAGAAAGCCGGAGAUCUUGAAGGACCUGGCCCCGGGGGCGCAGCCGCCGUUCCUGCUGUACGGCAGCGAGGUGAAAACAGACACCAACAAGAUCGAGGAGUUCCUGGAGGACAAUCUCUGCCCGCCCAAGUUUCCCCGCCUGGCUGCUCGUAACCCGGAGUCCAACACAGCGGGCAUGGACGUCUUCUCCAAGUUCUCCGCCUACAUCAAGAACUCCAACCCUCAGACCAACGAAAAUCUGGAGAAAGGCCUGCUGAAGGCUCUGAAGAAGCUGGACGACUACCUCGGCUCGCCGCUUCCUGACGAGAUCGACGAGAAUAGCGCGGAUGAGGUCACUUCCUCGUCCCGCCCCUUCCUGGACGGCCAGGAGCUUUCUCUGGCGGACUGCAACCUGCUGCCGAAGCUGCACAUCGUGAAGGUGGUGUCGUUAAGAUACAGAAACUUCAGCAUCCCCGAGUCUCUGACCAACCUCUGGAGGUACCUGAAGGCGUCGUACGCCAGGGAGGAGUUCGCCUCCACCUGUCCGGUGGACGACGAGAUCAUCACCGCGUACGCCUCAGUAGCUCGGGCUCUCAAGUAGGAGGGGUGAACGUCCUACCGGCAGAUCAACACGCAGCAAAAGCACGAAAAGAAUCAAACAAAACGAAACACAAAAAGUCGAGCGUUGACUCUGCAAGCAGCAAUCAGCAAUCAAUCUGUUUUUUUUUUUAAAUUAACAAACCACACUCAUAACUCUCAGUAGGAUCCAUUCAUAUCAGUAGGAGGCAACAGUAGUGAGAUAAAGCAGAGAGAUUUUUCUACAGGAGCUUGUUGAUCUCGUUGCUUGCAGGAACACACACAUCUCUGGCCUUGCUUCUGUACAGUUUCACUAUGUGUAGAAACUCUCGGUUUCACCUUCACUCGUACCUUGAAAGCCUCAUUCAGGCUUUUUUUUUUGUUUUUUUUUUUUUUUGUUUUUUUUUGUUUUUUUAAUCAGAAAAAAUGAAAACCAGCAGCAGCUCACCUGCCAAAGAGUCUCUUGUGGUUUAACUGUAAUCACAGAUAUUUCACAUCGACUUUAUGUCAUUAUUGAGGGAAGAAGGCCUUUUGCAGUACAAUGCUUUAUCGUGUUAAAGCCAACGUUUUAGCCUUUGUGGCGUGCUUCAGAGGGAGAGAGAGGGAGGGGGCGAGUCUUGCUAAAAACAGUAAUAGAGGCAGGAAACUGUUUCAAUAGUCGGGCUUCCCCUUUUCUGAGCUCCCACACAGCAGGCGUGAAGGAUUAUUUGAGAUUACACGGCUUGUUUGGCGAUCCGCCGAGCGCGCGCCCACCCCCCCCUUUUGCAGACGAGUUCUCCGGCUCUGCCCGUCUUUGUGUGGAGGUGCACGGCGCUGUGGGCGUGUUCGAACCGGCGGAGGAAACGCGUCGUAUGUAAAUCAUGAAGGGAAAAAAUGAGCAGGAAAUCUCAAGCGAGCAGCUUGUUGGCAGUUAUGAAGUGAAGGAUGAAGCUGGUGUCAGCAAGUCCCAUGAAAACAAUCUUCCCUGAAUGUUUCGCCUCACAAUAGAUUUUAAUAUUUUGAUGUGAAACAAGCGUUCUGAAGUGAUAAAGAGAAGUGAGAUGAAGACCAAGUUUCUCAGUUUCCCUUCUCCACCUAAAUUUUCCAUCAGAAUAAUAAUUAUUUAAUCUUUUCACACUCAAAAUGGAGAAAAUAUUAAGACUUUUUUUUUUUUUUUUUUGCCGGCUAACCGUUACGAUCGGCCCACCGUUUGUGUUUUCUUGUGACUUGUUGACAGUAAAAACAUCGCCGGCUCUGGGUUGAUCUUCCUGCUGAAAGCGACUUGAAAUUGACUCUCUGGGAGAAACUGGAACUGCAUACAAACACACACACACACACACAAAAAAAAAAAGAAUCACUAUGCAAACUAACACUGAGAGCAGCUGUCGCUGGACGUAGUGAUGCAAAUAUCUUAGUGGUGUUGUCAAAUGUUGUAGCGCUCCUUUAUUAUUGAAAGAAGAAAAAAGAAGACCUAAGUGCAAUUUAAAGGGAUUUAUUAGAGGAAUAAAGUGUGGGUGGAUUUGGUUAUUUUUCUACAGAUUCGAGCCCCUCUUUAAUGAACCGUAUCAGAGAAACGAUGUAUUUUACUUGACUGAAUCAAACUUUUCAAGUUGUUUAAAGGGAUUAAGAUGUUAGUUUUUCACUUGAUGCAGCUUCAGGGACAAUUUUAACGAGUUACAUUCAUUCAGUUUUAGCUUCUUAGAUUAUUUCUUUUUUAAAUAUUUCUGUCAUAUACGUGCUUUGUUUCCCAUAUUGUGCUUUUCACUUCUUUUUUUUGCAAUUUUCCUUGACAUAUUUUAGCCUUUUUUCUGUCCGUUUUCAUGCUGUCUGCUGAUGUAGCGGACACUGAAGCUGUAGGAUUCACUCAACCAUGAAGACAAUCAAACUAAUAGCACAUCCGAAGUGUAUUUUGUACUUUAAAGCUCCUACGAUGACACAUUUAAUAAAAAAAAAAUGUCUUGAUAAUAA